AAAUCCUCAACUAAAAGCCCUUCUUUCUCCUUCCACUUCUCCUGUGUUGAGGACGCUGAAUCUGUCGGACAUGUUCGGGUCUUCAGAGCGCUUCCUCUGCGGGACGCGUGGCCGAAUUUAACAGCUGGUUCCGCGGAUCCAAAGUGGGCAGAAACGUGCCACUCUGAAGAGGAAAUUGUGUGAUUUUAAUAAUAAAAAACAGGAAAAUUAAAAUAAAAAAAGGGAGAUCCGGCUUAGAUUUGAAAUUAAUCAGACAGAGAGAGAGAGGAGGCAGUGGUGGGACGGUCGCACGCGGAGCCAGACGAUGGGGAUUUAAACUCGCAACCAUCUCCAGACAUCCGGCUGUUUAUACGCAUCUGUGUUUCAUGGCAGCCGGGAUCCGAGUGACAGUCUGCGGGGUUUCAGUCCGGGCUGCUGGGGGAGCAGAGAGGAGCGAGCCGGGGUCAGUGACCGCUGCCGGGACCCGAGCUCCGUCCUAAAGACCUCGGAGACACCGCGAGACACAGAGACUGUUUGUCUGUAAAAUGCCGCUGCCGGCUGAACACAUAUGAUCGGACAUGGAGGUCGUCAGCACAGCCAACGCCACACAGGACGAGCUCCGCCUCCUGCCUGACGAUGACAACCUCGGUUACCACGACUACAACUCCGGCGCCGGCGCAGCGCCCCCGGCUCUGCCCACUCUGGUGUUCGAGGGCGUGAAUUUUCCAGAGGACCCCAUCAAACUGCUGAGUGUACAGGUGGUGUUGAUCUUGGCCUACAGCACCAUCAUCGUCCUGGGGGUUCUGGGUAAUUCUCUGGUCAUCUACGUCAUCUACCGCUUCAAGACACUCCGCACCGUCACCAACUUCUUCAUCGCUAACCUGGCUGUUGCCGACCUGCUGGUCAACACGCUGUGCCUCCCCUUCACCCUCGUCUACACGCUGCAGGGAGAGUGGAAGUUCGGCAGCACCCUCUGCUUCCUGCUGCCCUACGCCCAGGGGCUCGCCGUCCACGUCUCCACGGUGACGCUGAACGUCAUCGCCCUGGACCGACACAGGUGUAUUGUGUACCACCUGGAGACCAGGAUGCGUAAGGACGUGUGUUUCGGGGUCAUAGCGUUGACCUGGGUGCUGAGCGCCGUGCUCGCCAGCCCUCUGGCCAUCUUCAGAGAGUACGGCUCCUUCACUCUGGAGCCCGGACACACCAUACAGGUGUGUACGGAGAAGUGGCCCGGUAAAAACACCGACGGCACCGUCUACAGCAUCUCCAUGUUGAUCCUGCAGUACUUCCUGCCGCUGUCCAUCAUCUCCUUCGCCUACGCUCGCAUCUGGUCCAAACUGCGCGGCCACGUCAGCCCGGCGGAGAGCGGCGUCAACAGCAGCGCCGGCUCUGAGCGCCACCGCCGGCGCCGCAAAACCACCAAGAUGCUGGUGACCAUGGUGGUUGUGUUCGCCGUCAGCUGGCUGCCCUUCCACGCCUUCCAGCUGGCCACCGACAUCGACAGCACGGUGCUGGACAUGCGCGACUUCCGCCUGCUCUACACCGUCUUCCACGUGGUCGCCAUGUGCUCCACCUUCGCCAACCCGCUGCUGUACGGCUGGAUGAACCGCAACUACCGCGCCGCCUUCCUCGCCGUCUUCAAGUGUCGCAGAGGAGGCGAGAGGGGGAGGAGCGGCCGGCUGGACAGCAUUCACCCGGUCAAGGGAGGAGGAGGAGGAGGAGGAGGCGGCGGAGGGAGGACGAAGAAGAUAGUGCUCGAAACGCAGGAUGUGGUGUCCACCUGUCUGAACGCCACCGACGUGUGAGCGCCUGAGGGAGGAGGAACUGAAGAGGGUGACGUUGACAGUGACGGUGAAAAACAGAAGAAGAAAAUCUAGAACGGAAAUAAAGAUGAGAGAGAAAAUAGAAACAACAGAGUGAGAGGAAGGAGACGAGGGGAUUAAACCGAUUUUGGAAGCCGAAAAUAGGAGGAGGAGGCGUAGACGAGAAGGGAUUAGAAGAAGAAUGACAGGAGAAAAGAAGAAGAAGAAGAAGAAGAGCUGGUGAAUGACUCAAGGUCUCCUUGGUAAAACCGGCCUCGUUAUGACGGAGGACUUUUUUGGGGGGAUUUUAUCACAUCAAAUUCAGCUUUGUGACACCGGAAAAGUGACGAGGUUUGUUUUCUGACUUCGGUUUUUGAUUGAUGGAAAAACUUCCGAGAUAUUUAAUGGCUCAUUUUUCGGAAAACUUUAGAAAAUAACUUUAAAAACUUACUCCACGCCAACUUUGGACUUCAGUUUUCAUGCAAAUCUUAACAAAACAGGGCUUUACUCCAUCGUCAUUCCAUACGUGAAGCAUUCAGCCCGUACGUUUAACCCCAGAGUGGCUUACAGGUUUGAACCUACGACCUUUCCGCAGCAGCAACAGGCGCCUUCUUUAAUGUGACGUUUUAACACAAAGCAGGAAUAUGAGCUGGGAGUGAACACCAUUCAGAAAGAUUUUGUCAGGCGAAAGACGAGCCAAAAACAUAAAUACAUCAACAACGGUUGAUGAUUUUGGACUGAUCCAAGCUGGACGAGGACGUCUGAUGCAAGCUUUGUGAAAUCUCCCAACAUUGUUACGUAAUGAAGACAGCUGUGUGUGUGAAAGCCGGUUUUCCCGGAUUAUCCUAUAGAGGACACUGGAUAAAGGACCGCAAAGACAGAAAAGACAGAGGUGGACAAAUGUUGGAUAAAUCUGUGAGACAUGAUCACUUAAAGGAGUGUGAAAUAGUGAUCAAAAUAGAAAUGAUUCAGAUUUAAAAUGAUGAUGAUUUGUUUUGUUUUUUUUUUUUUUUUAAAGAGAUGAAGGACAGAGAGAAAAGGAAUGAGAGCAUCAGCGGGAGGAGGGAAAUGAAUGAAAUGUGGGAUAAUGAGGCAAAAAGACAGCAUGUUCCUGUUCCUACGAGAGAGAGAGAGAGAGAGAGAGAGAGAGAGAGAGAGGUUUCAAACGAACAGGCUGCAGUUUAAAACAGCAGAGAUUCUUCAGAUUCUUACUUAAAAAGCAGACAGAUGAAUGUUUG